AUGGUUCGGAAACGAGCGAGGCGGGGUAAGCCUGUUCUACAGCCUUCCACCAACAGGAUGAGAUUGCCUGAUCCUCCAAUGGCGAUGCCGACAUCUUCAUUUGCCGCCGAACCAAACGAUGCAGCAUUUCUACCACUCAAGGACAUCAAGCUGGAGGACAUCAAACUCGAGGACAUCAAACCCAAGGACAUCAAACCCGAGGACAUCAAAUUCGAGUAUCGCUUAUCGAAUCGUAUUACUGCAAUUUUCAGCGUCUCGAUCGACUAUCCCCCAUACAACGACGAUGGUCCAUGGACUGACUUCAGUCAUACGCGGUGGCAGCCAAUUUGGCACUGCUGCAUUCAGAUCGAAACACGCCAAUUGACUACUCCUUCAUUGUCGAAACGCUUAUUCGACGCAAUUGUGUCCGCAAAACCACAUUUGGCUACGCCCUUCGAGUUCCAGCGCCUUGACAUAAGACUCACAAGAGCAACCAGCCACAUGGGAAUUCAGGCGAAACUGAUUGAUUCAUGGAGGUUCAACAAGGACUGGCAAGAUUUGAACCGAAAUCAGAUAUUACACCACAACGUGCCUCUGACCACUGUGCAGAAACAGCUCCCUUUAUUAUCCAAAUCUAGCCUGGCGCACCUGGUGUCCUGGAAAUUUGAGAUAAAAGAACCUCAUUUCCGUAAACUACUGCCAGUAUUUGGAUUGCUUAGUAGCUUGAAUAUGCGCCUGGCAAAAAUUGAAAUAACGCUGCUCCGAGAACACAUUCAUGAGUGUCUGGCUUUCAAAGAAAAGGACCUUCAAGAAUCAGCGAAUCUUACCAAUUCCGAUGCGAGUGCUGCGCAAUUGCAAUUGCAAAAUACUUCGGACUAUGUCACCACCGCAAAUGAUGGGGUUUAUCCUAUUUUGUGGAGAGAGGAAUGUAGACCGUAUCUUGAGAGGGGGAGGAUUGUAGUGUGGCUUCAAAAUGUAUGUAACAUGGAUCGGAUGGAGAGUGGUAUAGAGCUACAUUGA